GGGACGCAGGCCCGGCGUGUGUGCACCUGGUGUCGUAGUUGGUCGGGGCGGCGGCGUGUGGUACCUUCCAGGACGGCGCGGGGUGCAGCCGGUGCGUUUGUUUUUCAGCCCCGCCCCCCACCUCAGGUCCGUGGAGGUUCUGCUCUGCUCAGACAAGUGCUUCAGAGUCACCCCCUUACAGAUCAACAAGUGUCAUGCAGCAUGUCAGGCUUUCUUACUUGAAGCUGCUUUGAUUUCCACGUGCAAAGCCAGACUGUCAGAGCCAAGCAACAUGUACAACUUAAAAAACAGUGAACUUCUCCCCGUCACCUGCACAGUUUUGAUCUCAUUCACUUUCCACCUUUAGACUAACACUCAGUGUUGCUCUGCGAUGGCUGAGCGCUGCAUCCUGCCCCAGAGACAGCUGCGCUUCAGUGCUGGGCAAGCUCUAGGGAUGAUGCAUAUCUAUUGAUGCUAAGGUAGUCUCAGAGAAUCAUCUUGGCUGUUAGGAAGCAUCAGAGACCUGUUAGUUUCCCCAGCACUCGGAAGGAGUCAUGGCUACCACCAAUCCUCUGGAGAACUUGCAGGUGGAGGCGAGCUGCUCCGUGUGCCUGGAGUACUUGAAAGAUCCAGUCAUCAUAGACUGUGGCCACAACUUCUGCAGGGCCUGCAUCACCCGUUGGUGGGAGGAGCUGAACCGAGAUUUCCCCUGUCCUGUCUGCCGCAAGACUUUCCGCCACCGCACCUUGAAGCCCAACCGGCAGUUGGGGAACAUGGUGGAGAUCGCCAAGCAGUUGCAGGCCACCAAGCGCAAGGUGCGGGAUGAGAGUCUGUGUGAGAAGCAUAAUGAGGUGCUCAACCUCUUCUGCAAGGAGGAUCAGGAGGCUGUCUGCCUAGUCUGUGAGAUAUCCCACGACCACCGCUCCCACACCGUGGUACCCCUGGAUGAUGCCUCCCUGGAGUACAAGGAGAAGCUGCAGCAGUGUCUGGAGCCACUAGAGCGGAAGCUGCAGGACAUUGCUAACUGCAAAUCCCGGGAGGAGAAGAAGCCUGGGGAGUUGAAGAGGAGGGUGGAGAACCGACGGCAACUCAUCAUCAGUGAGUUCGAGGAGCUGCACCAAUUCCUGGAGGAGGAGCAGCAGGUCCUGUUGCGGCACCUGGAGGAGGAGGAGAAGGAGAUCCUACAGAAGCUGAAAGACAACGUGGCCCAACUGUCAGACCAGCGCCUCUCCCUCAACCGCCUCAUCACUGAAAUUGAGGAGAAGUGCCUGCAAUCGGGCAUAGAGAUGCUCAAGGACAUAAAGAGCACCCUGGAAAGGUGUGAAUUGGUCCAAACCAUGGAGCUGGCUUCAGUCCCCAUCGAGCUGGAGAAGAACUUCUGCAGCUUCCCCCGGCAGUACUUCGCUCUCCGGAAGAUCAUUAAGAGAUUGAUCGGGGAUGUGACCCUUGACCCUGAAACAGCCCACCCCAACCUGGUACUCUCAGAAGACCGAAAGAGCGUCAAGUUUGUGGAUACCCGAUUGCGGGACCUACCUGACACCCCACGGCGCUUCACCAUCUACCCCUGUGUCCUGGCAGCUGAAGGCUUCACCUCAGGCCGCCACUACUGGGAGGUGGAGGUGGGUGACAAAACCCACUGGGCUCUGGGUGUGUGCAAAGACUCGGUGAGCCGCAAGGGUGAGCUGACGCCCCUGCCAGAGACAGGCUAUUGGCGUGUGCGGCUGUGGAAUGGGGACAAGUAUGCAGCCACCACCACCCCCUUUACCCCACUGUACCUGCGUGUCAAGCCAAAGCGGAUCGGCGUUUUCCUGGACUAUGAGGCUGGGAAGGUCUCCUUUUACAAUGUCACUGACCGCUCCCACAUCUACACCUUUACUGACACUUUCACUGAGAAGAUCUGGCCCCUCUUCUAUCCAGGCAUCCGUGCGGGGCGCAAGAAUGCAGCUCCCCUCAUCAUCCGGUCUCCCACAGACUGGGAGUGAUGGGACGUAGGGCUCCUGGGGCAGGCACAUCAGCUUGCUGGACUACCAACGGCAGGGUGUGGGUUGUACCAGUCUAUAUGGACUUGUGGAGGGGGAAUCAUGCCACCCCUCCCUCCACCCCAUCAGAUGUGGUGGAGAUGCGUAUUGAGCCCAACCCUGCAAACUAGGAGCCUUGGGUUGCUGUGGCCCUCCAUGGAUUGGCAAUCACCCCGAGAGUUUGGAUCUUGUUUCUCCCAUUCACUGGGCCUUGGAUGGGGGUAUAGUGCUGACUGCCUUCCAAGAGGCCCUGCAGGUUACCAUGGACUGGGGAAUGCUGGUAAGGAGCCAGAAUGGAUCACAGACUCCCUUUUGUCCUAUAAAUAAUGUAUGGGGCAGGGGGAGGGAGGGUGAAAUCCCACAGUUCUCCUCCUCCAGACCCUCCUCCCCAGGUGGGCUUUUCUGAGCUGACAGGAAGUCUUGGCCCAAACACAUGGGAUAGAUCAAUUUUGGGCUUCCUCUGGGCCAGGUGUGAGCAGAGCCAGGGAUUAUAUCCUGCACAAGCUGUCUGGGACACCGAGGAAAAAAGAAACUCCAGACUCUCCUUUUCCUCCUCUUGAUUAUCCAUUGAGACCCAUUAUCCCUGCAGCAAUGCUGGCAGACCACAAAGAUUAACCAUCUAGUCUUCUGCCACACCUCCCUGCCAGACCUGAGAACAGAACCAACAGUCCUGUCUCUCUUCAGUUUGGUACAACCACUAGGUGGUCCUGCCUCCAGGUGGGGAAUAGGUUGUGGCCCUCAGGGGCCAAAAGACUCUUUCUGUCCAGAACACAAGAAAGAGGUGGCAGACUUCGAAAGGACUUACCCAGAGCUGUUCUAAUGCAACACAAUUUUUAUGAGAUCCAGAUGGAAACAGGAGCCAAAAUAUUAGGUGUUCUACAUACACACCCAUACUCUCAUACUAUUUUUUACUACAUUUUUUCUGUGCAUUCUUACGCUGUUCUUGACACCUGUUUCUGCUUCGACAAAGUUUGCAAGUGCUUGCUUUGCCUUCCAGUGAUCUCAGUUGCUAUGCAGUCCCUGGCAGUAAUGGACACUAGCAAUUGUUAUGGUUAUAGGCAGAGAUAUGGAAGCCCAUUAUAAUCCUGUGUUGUCUGUAAGAGGCCUUGUUUGGUGCCAUUCCUCCCCACUAAUAUUAUCCCUAGCAGCAUAUUCUGUGAGGGAUUUAACCCUGGUAGUGGAAGAUCUGAUGUCCCAUCUUGUCCCUUUUAGCCAGGGUGGCCUUAUUGGAGGAGGAGAAAGCAAUGCAUUGUGGAACCUUGAAGGACUUUCUAGCAACCCCUCAUUUUCCCUGGGCAGCAUUUCUCUCAUGGAGGAAUUAUGGGGUAGUCCCAAGGGAACUGUGGGAUUGGGCAGGACAAUGGGAGCCUUGAGAGUUUUCUUCUCCCAUUUUAAGCUGUUUGCAAUUCUCUGGGUUAUGGAAACUACCAGGAGCUCUGGAAUGCUUAUGUAACACUCUUCCUCUGGAGCUUUUUAAAGAGGAGAGGGGACCAUGGGAUGAAAAUAAAACAAUGCAGGAACAGCACAGAUGCUGUCUCCACAAGUUCAUGCAAUGGUGGGGAAAGGACCACCCACAGGGAACAGACAAUUUGAGCGUAUGGGGAGUACCCCGUAACUCUGUUGGAUUCAGGCCCCCUGUUUAAUCGGUGAACCCAAGAGUAAGUGGCCAUGCAGACCCUGAACCCAAUCCUUCCCAACUCUUCACAGCUGUGUCCCCAGUAAGUUCCCUACCCCAUUCCACUGUCACAGCUGAUUCUUGAUUAUUAGCAUCUGUGCACUCAAGGGUUGUACUGGGGAAGUUUGCCUCUUAUCAGACCCAGAGUGGAGUUACCAGAAGACCAGAGUUAGAGUUAAAACAACAUCCUUCAGGCCUGCAACAGAGUCCAGUAUCUGAGGUGACAGAAGAGCUGGGGGUGGCAGUCCAUCUUGCCAGACAAGAAAAUAAGUCAGAUAUGCUUGGAGCUGGGAGGCUUCUCCCCCCCCCCCCCCCCCCCCCCCGCCCCCCAUAGGGGUGCAGGCAGAGGUUUUGAGAGAUGGUUCAGCUCCCUCAGCCACACCCCACCCAUGGGAGCUGGCUUUUGUUAUCCACCACACCCCCAGGGGAGAGGGGGGCAAGCUUAGGAUAAAAGUGCCUUCUGGGCCCAAUCCCAGUCCACUGGAUAGGGCCAGAAAGAUGAACCCCUGGUCAUGUGAAGUUUGGAAAUCUAGUUGGUGUUUGGCCAGCACUCUACCCAGUCCACUCCAGACCAGAUGAAAUUGCUCUUUUCUUCAAGAGCAUGUUACCAGUAGCAGAUGGUGACCCAAAACAGCUAUUCUUUCAGUAAAAACCAUGCAUCAGAUGCUAUUCAACCCACUGGGCACCUUUAAACGCAAUCCUACCUAACCCUAAAACUGAAUUAAUGCACCUACUUCUGUUAUGUGCCUUUAACUUAACUUUAUGCCUAAGUCACAGAAAUAUGUGAGAAUGCUUAGCUGCCUAAUAAGGGGCCAGGAUCUAGCCUUUUGUAUCUAUACUUGAACCACUUCACCAACAUGGGAAUACCAGCAAAGCAUUCCUAGGGGAAGUGUAGCUGUAACUGGCUGAACUUUGCUUUGUAAUGAAACGCAUAUGGCAAAAGCAGCUCUUGCAGCGAACACGUGGUUUGGCAGUGUGAUUUAAUCAUAGAUUCUAGGGUCGGAAGAGACCUCAGUGGGCCAUUUAGUCCGACCCCCUGCCCCUGGCAGGCAAGAAAAGGGUCACCAAACCUGGGAUCAUGUGCUCCCAGCCAGGUGCCUGUCCAGUCU